AACCCAGACUUGUUAGCACCUGCUACAGGGGAUGUACAGGAAGGUUAGGGCUGGGUGAUGUCAGCAGGAAGAGAGUCACUCAGCUCAGAACAACUGAGGAGCGAUUGAGAGACACAUCAACAACCAGGGCGACACACAGAACACUCUCAAGAAUGAUGAUGAAUGCCACAAACCACACGGAGAACGAUACUUUCUCCUGCUACAGCCCCUCAGUGGUCGGCUACCGGUACUUUGCGGUGCUGUGGGGGUGUGCUGUGACCAUCACCGGGACUGUGGGGAACCUCAUGACCGUUCUUGCCUUUGCUCUGGACCCACGUUUGAGGACUCGCUUCAAUGUUCUCAUCAUCAACCUGGCUGUAGCUGAUCUCCUGUACUGCACCGUCCUGCAGCCCAUCUCCGUCGACUCCUACCUCCACCUCAGAUGGCGCAGCGGGGAGCUGUGGUGCAACAUCUUUGGCCUGCUCCUCUUCCUCUCCAACUCUGUCUCCAUCAUCACCCUCUGUUUGGUGGCAGUGAGCAGAUACCUCCUGGUUGCAAAGAGAGCCGUUUUUGCACGUGUUUUUUCUAACUAUGGACUUAUUUUGCUCCUGAUCUCAGCUUGGGCGCUCGGCCUGGCCAGCUUCGGCCCACUUUGGUCCGUCUACACGUUCGUACCUCAGGUGUGCACAUGUAGCUUCCAUCGUACCAAAGGUCGCCCCUAUACAACCGUCCUGCUGUUUUUCUAUUUCUUUUUUGGUCUGGGUGUUGUUGGGGCAUUUUACCUGCUCAUUUACAGACGAGUCCGGAUUGCAUCGAAAGCUCUGCUCCGCUACAGACUCAGCCGGCGCUCAUCCAGGAAGAAACCUGCAGCCGUAGAUCAGGAGACCGAUGACAGUGGGGUUGAGAGUGGUCCAGUGAAGACGUGCAGCUCUGAGAUGAGGAGCCAGGAUGAACUGGAUCACAACACAAAUGAUAUUAACAAUGAAAAGUCCUUCCUGUCGACCCAGAACUCAGCUACACCUGACAAGUCUGCAAGUGACAAGUACCAAUCACCUGCUCCCACCUCUGCGCCCCCAUCCUCUGGAACUUCUGGAGAUGAUAAUGAAUUCAAGCGUGUCACUCGCAUGUGUUUCACUGUUUUUCUGUGUUUUGUCUGCUGCUUUGUUCCCUUUCUGUUGCUGAACAUCGCAGACAAACAUAACCGCGCCCCGCAGGUUCUGCACAUGUUUUGUGCCAACCUCACCUGGCUAAACAGCUGCAUUAACCCUGUGCUGUACGCAAUCAUGAACCGACAGUUUAGGCAGGCCUACAACGUGCUGCUCAGCAGAGCUGCUGCUCCCUUCUUACACCUCAGGGCCUCCUGUCAGAACCUGAGAUCUGAAAUCCUCAAGCCUGCCUAAAUACUCCCAUUUUGCACAUGCAAACGUUAAAGUUGCUUUUUAAAUGAAGUAUGAAUUUUUAUCCACGUGAUAUUCUAGUAACGUUUUUUUUCAACUGUGUUUCUCAGGUAUUGAUAAUUAAAGUGUUAAACUUUGCAGGGACUUUUACAUUAGAUGACGCAUUUUGUUGGUCAUGCAAUUAAUUAUGUUUUUAGUGCAUGUGUCAUGAGUUCAUUCAGAAUGUGAAUCAGAAAUGAGACAACCUGGAAAUGUAAUGUGAAAGUGCUGAAAGUACCCAUGUUACACAACCAGUGCAGGACAUUCCCUGUUAACACAACAGUCUAUUUUAAAUAAUGCAGAAGCAUGUGACUCUGCACCGUCUCAACUCUGUACUGUCUCUGUUGAUGGUGACUGACUGGCUGUUUGGACUUAUCUGGUCAAUCCAUGCACAAACAGGUUUGUAAUGACAUACAUUUACUCACUGAGGACUGAAAAUGUAUGCUAUCACCCCUUGGCUGAUGUGUAAUGCCUGAGGUAAUGUUUUUAGAGACGACACUUCCUCAGUCUAACCAGAUUCAGUGUUUUACAGCACAGUUGUGUAUAAAGCAAACACAGGAAGAGUUUUUCAGGUUAAAAACUCAAUGUGAAAAAUAAUGUCAAAAGGAAACAAAACUCCCCUAGUGGCUAGGUUUGAAAAGUCUCAUUCACUUGUUUUUUUACAAAAAUAAAAUGGCUGCUGUUUCUAUGAUGAAUAAA